GGGAGGGGGGGGGCGGAUGAAAAGAACCACACGGAAGGUGAAGUUACUGAAAAGGAAGGUCUAGUACGAUUGGGGCUCGCGACCCGACUGGACUGCUCUGCUCCGCCCUCGGGGGGAGCCCCCAGCCAGCGCCUCACCCCGCCCGAGAGGGCCCCCGGCAGCUGGCCUGGGAGAGAGGCAGGCGGGGGCGGGGGCGGGGGGAGCUGGCCAACUUCGGGGAAGGCUAAACCCUGUUCUCCUGAGAGCUACGGAGCCAGCUAGCGCCAGUCACGGACAGACAGAGGCGGAGGAGAGCCGAGCGGAGAGAGCGAGCUCGUGAAGCUCACUACUGCCGGUGCAGGGUCGGGCCCGAGGCUGCAAGAGGAAGAAACCGAUCGUUUUCAUAUAUUUUUAGCAACUCAAACUUUUCUUUCCUUUUUUCUUUUUGGGGGCCGUCUUCACUCUUCAGCGCGGGUCCCUGGAGGGGACGAGAUCUCGGAUUUCUCCGGAGCCGAAGCCGCUUCUAACUUUGCUCUCUGAACCUCCAGGACCAAGGAAGAGGAGUUGAGAAGCUCCCAGGACAGACCGAGGUGAAAAGCUGCCCCUCCCUGGGGGAAACCUCGGCACUAGUUCCAGAGAGACUGAAACGCCUCCUUCAUUCCCGCCACUCCGGGAACGGAAGAACUGCGGGCCUUGGAGGCUUUUCGGUUUUGAAGAAGAGGUGGGGUACCAGUGUCCAGCGGUCUCCUCCUCUACCCGGGCGUGGAUGUUUUAGCUCAGCUGGGCUAGGACUAAAGCUAUCAGAUUAAUCUGUUUGGCACACGAGACACCUCUUUUCUCCCCUCUCUCCUCUCCCCACAGGGAGGUAUCCCCUCUGGGAGUGGGGGAAGACCGCCAAGUUUGACGCUUUUUGAUCACCAAUUUAUCAGACGCUCAGCAGAAGGGGCCCCACUGACCUGUCCCCUCCCACAGAAAGGGGAGGAGUCCCCCGCCUCCCCAAACUCCCAUUUCUUUCUCACCCAGAGUGGAAGGGGCCGAGCUUUCCAUUCUCCCUCUUCACUUCGUCCCUCCCCGCCAGCCCCCAGAGAUCUGCGGCUGAGGCUCGCUGUCCUUAGACCACUGCCGCCCCUGAGUCAGACUCUUCCCGGAGAAGAGGCCGGGGCGCUGGCUGGAUUGUCGGGGUGGACUAAGCCGCCCUGCUCCCGGCCAGCGCCCCCUGGAUCACCGCUUUGACAACGGCGUUUCUGGAGGAGUCCUAGCUGCUGUCGCUGCCGCCGCCGCAGCUGUCGCGGCCCCAGUCUCUUGCUCCGGGUCGCGGCAGCCGCGGUCUCCAGCGCAGGUUUGGGGGACAAACGGAAGGCUAGGAGGCACCCUGGUGGAUGCGCUCCUCGCCGCCUCUAGGGCUGAGCUGCCCCGCGGGGAUGAGGCACCGGCGGUGAAGAUGGAGGUGACCUGCCUUCUAUUACUGACCCUGGUCCCUAUGUACUGCAAGGGACAAGGUGUCUACGCUCCAGCUCAGGCUCAGAUUGUCCAUGCAGGCCAGGCAUGCGUAGUGAAGGAGGACAACAUCAGUGAACGUGUCUACACUAUUCGUGAGGGGGAUACCCUUGUUUUGCAAUGCCUUGUCACUGGGCACCCACGACCCCAGGUUCGGUGGACAAAGACAGCUGGGAGUGCCUCAGACAAGUUCCAGGAGACAUCAGUGUUUAAUGAGACCCUUCGAAUUGAGCGCAUUGCUCGAACCCAGGGCGGCCGCUACUACUGUAAAGCUGAGAAUGGAGUGGGGGUCCCUGCGAUCAAGUCCAUUCGAGUAGAUGUGCAGUAUCUGGAUGAACCAGUCUUGACAGUACACCAGACAGUGAGUGAUGUUCGAGGUAGCUUCUACCAGGAGAAGACAGUAUUUCUUCGAUGUACCGUUAAUUCUAACCCUCCUGCCCGGUUCAUCUGGAAGCGGGGUUCCAGCACGCUCUCCCACAGCCAGGAUGAUGGCGUUGACAUCUAUGAACCUCUCUACACCCAGGGGGAGACCAAGGUUCUGAAGCUGAAGAAUCUGAGGCCCCAGGACUACGCCAGUUACACCUGCCAGGUGUCUGUUCGGAAUGUGUGUGGCAUUCCUGACAAGGCCAUCACCUUCAGUCUCACCAACACCACAGCACCUCCUGCCCUGAAGCUGUCGGUGAAUGAGACAUUGGUGGUGAACCCUGGGGAGAAUGUGACAGUGCACUGUUUCCUGACUGGGGGGGACCCCCAGCCCCAGGUGCUAUGGUCCCAUGGCCCAGGUCCCCUGCCUCUAGGCAGCAGGGCCCAGGGUGGCACCCUCACCAUUCCAUCUGUUCAAGCCCAGGACUCUGGCUACUACAACUGCACGGCUAUCAAUAAUGUGGGCAACCCAGCCAAGAAGACGGUCAACUUGCUGGUUCGAUCAAUGAGGAACGCAACCUUCCAAAUCACGCCAGAUGUAAUCAAGGAGAGUGAGAGUAUUCAGCUGGGUCAGGACCUGAAACUCUCGUGCCACGUGGAUGCUGUGCCUCAGGAGAAGGUGUCAUACCAGUGGUACAAGAAUGGCAAGCUUGCCCGGGUAUCUGACCGAUUGUUGGUGACUCGCAAUGACCCUGAGCUGCCUGCUGUCACCAGCAGUUUGGAGCUCAUUGACUUGCGCUUCAGUGACUAUGGCACCUACCUCUGUGUCGCCUCCUUUCAGGGUGCACCUGUGCCAGACCUCAGUGUUGAGGUCAACAUCUCUUCUGAGACAGUGCCCCCCACAAUCAGCGUCCCCAAGGGCAGGUCGGUGGUGAUGGUUCGUGAGGGGUCCUCUGUGGAGCUACAGUGUGAAGUUCGGGGGAAACCCAGGCCUCCUGUGCUAUGGUCCCGAGUGGACAAGGAGGCUGGUCUGCUGCCCUCGGGAGCUACCAUGGAGGAGACGCCAGACGGGAAGCUACGAGUGGAGCGAGUGAGCCGGGAGAUGAGUGGGACCUAUCGCUGUCAGACUGCUCGGUACAAUGGCUUCAAUGUUAGGUCCCGGGAGGCACAGGUGCAGCUCAAUGUGCAGUUCCCUCCAGUGGUGGAACCGACCAGCCAGGAUGUGCGCCAGGCCCUGGGCCGACCUGUACUGCUACGUUGCACCUUGCUUCGAGGUAGCCCCCUGCGCAUCGCCUCCGCCGUGUGGCGCUUCAAUGGGCACCUCCUGCCCACGCCGCCCGCUCCCCCCAACGAAGCCCCAGACCACGCGGAGCUGCGCCUUGACCCCCUCACCCGCGACAGCAGCGGCAGCUAUGAGUGCACCAUCUCCAACGACGUGGGUGCCGCCUCCUGCCUCUUCCAGGUUUCCGCCAAAGCCUACAGCCCGGAGUUUUACUACGACACCCCCAACCCCACCCGCAGCCACAAGCUGUCCAAGAACUACUCCUACGUGCUUCAGUGGACGCAGAAGGAGCCGGACGCCGUGGAUCCUGUCCUCAGCUACCGGCUGGACGUCCGCCAGCUAAGCCUUCGGACGUCUGUAACAAAGCCAAUCCCAGUUCGACGAGUGGAGAAGGGGCAGUUGCUUGAAUACAUACUGACUGACCUGAAGGUGCCCCAUAGCUACGAGGUCCGCCUCACACCCAUCACCACCUUUGGGGCCGGAGACAUGGCUGCCCGCAUUAUCCGAUACAUGGAGCCAACCAACUCCCCAAACCUAUCAGAUAAUACCUGCCACUUUGAGGAUGAGAAGAUCUGUGGCUACACUCAGGACCGGGCAGACAACUUUGACUGGACUCGGCAGAAUGCCCUCACUCAGAACCCCAAACGCUCCCCCAACACUGGUCCACCCACUGACAUAAGUGGGACUCCAGAGGGUUAUUACAUGUUUAUUGAGACAUCCAGGCCCCGGGAGUUGGGGGACCGGGCGAGGCUUGUAAGUCCACUGUAUAACAUCAGUGCUAAACUCUACUGUGUCUCCUUCUUCUACCACAUGUACGGGAAGCACAUUGGUUCCCUCAAUCUUCUGGUUCGAUCCCGGAACAAGGGGGCACUGGAGACCCAUGCAUGGUCCUUGAGUGGUAAUAGGGGCAAUUCCUGGCAGCAGGCUCAUGUGCCCAUUAACCCCAGUGGGCCUUUCCAGAUUAUCUUUGAGGGAGUUCGAGGUUCAGGUUAUUUGGGGGAUAUUGCCAUUGAUGACGUCAGCCUGAAGAAGGGAGAGUGUCCUAGGAAGCAAGUGGAUCCCAAUAAAGUGGUGGUCAUGCCCAGCAGUGGUGCCCCCAGCCUGCCCGGCCCCUUACUCUCUGGGCCCCUCACCGUCUUCCUCCUGGCAAUGCUGAGAUGAUGAGCACCGUCCACUUCUCUCCUGUGCCCCUCCCCAGCCCCCCGGCACACCAAAGUGUCUACAUCGUACCAAAGACUGACCCCCUUCAGCCGGGGUGCCCAGGGGGACAGGGCCAUAGUGCCAUGGAGGGGGCUUGUGGUGGCUGAACAAGGGAGGAUAGUGUGGGUGACGCCCGUCUCCCGAGGUCCUAGAGACACUGGUUUGACGCACACAUGCGUAUACACACAUACAUACACACUUACACACACACAUUAUAUAUAAAUAUACAUAUAUAUUAAAGCACAAGUUUCUAUCUGAGCUACCAGAACUUUCUUUAACAUGGAAACACAGGGGACUUGCCCUAUUGUUGUUGGUUGGCACAGCACCGACCCCUGCCUGCUCACAGCCAUCCCCAGAGACUUUGGUGUCAGGACAGUUGGGCUGUGUUCCCCAAUGGCCUUUUGCAGUAUUUUCUUCCUUCUUUUCUCCUCCCAUUACCCUGUGUGUCUCCCAGCUCUCCUUCUGCUACCUACUGCUCUCCCUGAAGGUUAAACAGCAGCUUGGCAGUACCAGGUAUGGCACAGAGGCAACUGCCUAACCUGGAGAGAAGCAAGUACCUGGGUCCUGCCUGGGUGUGCCUCAAUUUCUCCUCCCUAUGCCCUUGGGCGAGAGAGGGUUCAGCUGUAUUUGCUUUAUCUGGGGGAUCUGGUUCCAACAACUUUCAAUUUUCAAGGGUUAGGAGAGUAGGCUGGGGAAGAAAGGCUGGAGUGUAGAAAUAAACAAAUGACCCAAAUCCCUCAUCUCAGCCUGGGUUCUCGGGCCUCUUCCCUGGAGUUACACAACAAGAACUGGAGUUUCCCCUUUUUCUCCUUGUCCCAGAUCUGAAUAAUCCACAGAAUGCCUUGGUAAUCACCCAGUUAAUUGAGUUAGCUGCAUAGAUUCCCAACCUUGACAUCAACCAGAGGAAGCUGAUUUUUCUUGCCCUCCCCUUUAAACACUUCCAUACAUAGUUCCCCAGACUAGCCUCCAUUUGGACUUUGGUGGAAUCUGAGAAGGGGUCAAAUGGGAUGGGAGUGGGAACAGGGAGAGAGUAAAUUGUGUAACAGAUAACUUUGAGCCAUCUUCUUUAGGCUGGCUACUAAGAGUUGAGGGAAUGGAGUUAUGUUUAAGACACCCUUUUCUAUUUCUUAAUAGCAUAAAAUAUGACAUGGGAGGGGUGCUUUGUGUGUUCAGGAGGAAUCCUGCUCUGUCUCCCUCCCUACCUCCAGUUCCUAUAAUUCCCUGUUCCAUUACUGGAAAAUUGAAAUCUAUUGUGGUUUCAAUAGCGGGCCUCUAUCUCACCCAGUCUCUGCCUGAUCCACUCAAAACAGACUUCACACCACCACCACUCCUCCCAAUUUCCCCCAGAUUUAUACUGAUGCAGGGGUUGGUUCAGUGGCUGCCCUUUAUGGUCAGUGCUGGUGGGGGUGUGAGGUGGAGGAAGGGGGAUAGACUUUCAACCUUUGACUUGUGCCCAAGUUUGUGGGGAUAUUUCCCUGGGUCCUGGGGAAAGAAGAUAUGGGGCCUGCAGGUCAGAAACCAAAUGCUUUCCAACGCAAUCCUUCUUUUCCUCUCUUCCAACACCCUUUGGGGGCAGAGAGAGAGGGCAGAGAGAGACAGAGAGAGAAAGAGAGAGUGAGGAAAUUUUAACCACAUGCCAUCUUUGUGGGCCUCUGAGUAAGUGGGACUGGGUGUGUGUGUUUGUGUCUGUAAGUGAAUAUAUGUAUGCAUCUUUCUUUGUGUGUAAUUCAACAUCAUCUGUCUUGCUGUAUUUUUGUGGCUAUACUACAUAUAUGUACUGCUAGCUGACCUUACAGACUAGUAGGCACCUGGUAUGACUUGAGGGGUUUUGGGCAGGCCCCACUAUCCCCAACAUAUCAACCCACAUUGGUAUAAAAUUCUAUCGUGAGUGAUUCAUUUUCUAAGGUGCUGAAGGAUUCUUUUAUUCAGUUUUACAUAAUACAGUAAGAAGUGACUUAGGUUCAAAUUUCAGCUCUGUCACUGUGGGUCAAGCAAAUUAUUUAACCUCCUGGGUCCCAGUUUCUUCAUCUGAAAAGUGAAGCAGUUGGAUUUUAUGACUUCUGAGAUCUCAUUAAAAAAUACAAUACCCAGGAGAAGGAGGUCACAUCCCUGAUAUCACUUAACACCUUAGUUAUUAACCAAUAUGUUGCUAUCAGUUACCUUGAUUAUCAGCUAAAUUCAUUAGUUAUCAGCUAAUGGAUUACCAGCCCAGAAGUUUCUCGCUUAUGUUCCUAUCAGCAAACUUUAACUUAUCAGCUAACAUUACUUAUCAGCAAAUCUCAGUUAUCAGCUGAUUGGUUAUUAAAUAACACCUUAUUUAUCAGCUAACUAUCAGAGCCAUCAGCUGACACCUUACUUAUCAGCUAACACUUGGCUAAUCAGCUAAUGACUUAGUUAUCAGUGAAACUCCCUAUAGUAAUCAUACUUUCCCUCCUAUAAAAGCCUUAGGAGAAAGAUAUUCAAGAUAAUUGUUUCCCUUAGACCACAGUGAGGGCCGGGACUUGGCCAGAGUGCUGAAAUGAGAGGCUGGAACAAACUUGAUCUAGAAUUGGUCCUAUCUCAUUAUAGUCAGCCAAUUUCUUUAGCAGCUCGUUGGUGACUAGUGCUUUCUUCUUAGAACUCUACCCAAUUCCUUUGUUCUAAAUGAAUUCCUUUCUUCAUUUUCUGUUGCUCUGGCUAUGUGGCUAUGUUCCUAGAAAUCAUGUCAUUCUUUUCUGUCCCUAUACUGCUAAGUAUUCUGUCAAACUAUCUAUUCCUUGGGGGGCACAGUCUAGAUCUGGGUCUCUCCCUCUCCCCUUCUUUCCCUCCCUCCUUCUCUCUCUCUCUCUCUCUCUCUUCUCUCCUCCUGUCCUCUCUUCUUCCCUUCUUUCUUUUCCUUCUUC